AUGAUCCUUGAACGCAAGAGGAGGACCUCAGCUAGCCAUGUCGUUUUGCCUGUCUUCUACGAUGUGGAUCCAUCCCAUGUAAGGAAGCAGACAGGAAGUCUUGCAAAGGCAUUUGCUAGACACCAAAAAACUCAACCGCUGAAGAAGAUGAAGGCAUGGAGGGAGGGACUUGCAGAGGUUGCAGAUCUGACAGGGAUGGUCUUGCAAAAUCAAGCUCAUGGAGAAGUGAAAAUAUCUGCACAUGAGAAGAAAGAAGAAAAAACACCUAUGCAGCCAAGCCAACAAAAGAAAAAUACCCUUCCUGAAGACAUCGAUGAAAAACCAAGAACCAGUGAAGAGAGAAGUUCUACCACCAUCAGUGUAUAUCUUAGUGUAUUACCAUAG